AUGUUUGACAAGGAUGGUGAUGGGACUAUUACAGCCAAGGAGCUUGGUAUAGUGAUGAGGUAACUUGGACUCAACCCCACUGAGGACGAGUUAUUGGAAAUGAUUCAAGAGGUAGACGAGGAUGGUAAUGGGGAAAUCAAUUUCACAGAAUUUCUGACUAUUAUGGCUCAUAAAAUGAAAGAUGCUGAUACUGAAUUGGGAACUUUAGAAGCAUUUAGAGUUUUUGACAAAGAAAGGACUGGAUUUAUAUCUAAAACUGAACUUAAGAAUAUUAUCAUGAAUCUUGGAGAGACGAUGGCUGAGGAGGAAGCUGAGGAACUUCUAUAGGAAGCAGAAGUAAAUCCAGAUGGCAAUGUCGACUACAUGAGUUUUGUCAAAGGUUUGUUUUCUAAUCUUUGA